CACUUUGGAGGGUUCUAUGCUGUGAGGAGGUAAUUUUGGUUUUUUCUUCGAGUUCGGCGAACCACACGUUUCGAUGCUCUAUAUUGUUCGUAGUUCUCGUUCAUUCUACGGACUCAAUGUUUUGUUUUGCAUAUUACUGUAUCAAAAAAUACGGGUGCUCAUUAUAGUAACUCUGUUUUGUGGGGUCUAUUUUUCAGGUUUAUUACUUAGAUAGUACUCGCACUCCGACUUAAGUCUGAGGACAAUUUUGGUGCGAGCAAGAGCUCAUCUCAACAAUCACCAGUCAACAAAAUGGGCAAGAGAAGAUCUGAUUCCGGAAAUGGUAACAAGAAUAAGAAGUACAAAGUCAGUUGCUUUAUUGAUCCAAAUACCAUGGGGAUAUAUGCGACUUGCAAUAGAGGUAGAGAGCUUGGAUGCAGAAAAGAAUUGGUGAACCUAUUGUCUGAGAAGAUUGACAAAUUGUAUCCAGACUGGGAAAAACACGUCGAGGAAGAAGAAGUCGAAGCAAAUGACGAAGAUCGUAAAAACUCAGAAGAGAAAACGGCCGAUACUAAAGAAUUGUCGGUAGAAGAUCAAAUCAAGCAAGAAUUGGAUGAAAUGAAGGGCCCUCAAGGUCGAAAGAAGUCUGUGCAUCCAUUACUUCACCCAAUGGAACUUGGAUGUGAGUGCCUUGUGUUUGUUAAGGUCCGUAAGCCAGCUGUCCCUGUUGAAUUAGUGCAGUCAUUGUGCGAAGAAGCCACACUCACUAAGCAAAAGAAUACUAGAUUCACCCAGAAAUUGACCCCAAUUACAUUCUCAGUUUCUGCAUCGAUGGAGGAGCUCACCAAGUUGGCGGAAAAGGUAUUGAAGCCACACUUUCAUGCAGAAGAUCAGGUCCCAGUCAAAUUUGCCAUACAAGUCACCAGAAGAAACUUCAACAGUCUAGAAAAAGAUGACAUAAUAAAACAAGUGGCAACUUCUGUUGGUAGAGAAAAUGGACAUACUGUUGAUUUGAAAAACUACGAUAAACUCAUCAUGGUGGAGUGCUUUAAAAACAAUAUAGGUAUGAGUGUUGUCAGCGACUUCAAAAAGUACGAAAAGUUCAAUUUGCAACAGAUUUUUGAGAAGGACAUGGGCGAAUCGACUUUAUCCAGAGUGUCCAACCAAAGCUAGCUCAGGAUAAUGUUUAGUUCACAAUGAUAUUGUAUUGAUAUAGCUUAAAUAUUUUAAAACGAGAGUUUCUCAAUGUAUUCUCCGGCAACUU